AUGAAGGAGAGCGAGGCAAAGGCGGAGUGGGAGGACGCGAGGUGCGCGAUAGUCGAGGGGUCGGAGGAGCUGGGCGUGGGGGAGAUAGUGUCUGUGGAGGAGUUUUCCCUGCAAGAGGCGAUGUGCUCGGUAGAGUUGAUGGAUCCGAAGAUGGACAUCGGGAUGGGGGCAGACGGCGUGUUGUUGUUGUCCGAGAUGAGGCAUUUGGGGAGGUUGCCGGAGUCGGCGAAGUUGACCGAAUCGGAUCAGUUGUAUUUGAUAGAUCGUUGGAUUGAGUUGGAGACGUUGUACUAUCAGGGUUACAACCUCGUUCAGACGUUGUACACGAGUUAUUACUUGCAGGAUUUGUCCCUGUUGAAGGGGAGCGCUACGCUGCAUGCGUAUGGCUGCACGAUGGUUAGGAGGUGCGCGAUGGUGAAGGAUUGCAUUUGCAGGGCCAAGAACUACACGAGCGAGAGUUUUUCUCACUUCAGCUUCGGCGUUGAGCUGGACGGAGUUGCCAUGAACGACGGAAAGGUGGCGGGUGUUGCGUCGAGACAGGCGAAGGCGUUGAGACAGGCGGGGGGCGAGCUGUCGAAGGCGUUGGCGGCGAGGCUGGAGUGGAGUUGCGCGUUGUUGAAUGCGCACCAUUGCUUCGAGAAGUACAACGGGGCGGGGCUCGCGGACGCGUUGGCGCAUUUGGAGGCUGCGGAGCGCUCUUCGAAGGCGAUAUCUAAGAUAGAGGUCGAAACUAAUUUGGACUGCGCGUUUGAACCAGACAUCAUCCGUCGAAUAUCGUCCUCCACCUCUGUCCCUCGCAUAUUGAACCGCCCGGACCUGUCAGAAUGCAUGGAGUUCCACGCGGGCGUCAUUCGCCACCUCAAAGAGAUCGCGCUGGCGCCUCAAAAAAUCCGGACGAUUCGACACGCGAAAAUUUCCAUUUUGAACCUCUCUCACUCGAAUGUCCCCAUCGUCGUGAGGUCCAGACUCCUCAACGUGCUGUGUCCCAGCGGACAUCGCUUCGUCGAUUCAAAAAUGGAAGACGCCAUCGCCCAAGACAUGGCCGAGUUCGGCAUUCCCACCAGCUAUCUCGAAGCGACCUACAAAAACCUCCAGUUUCACCUCUCUAUGAUCUCUGUGUGCCUGUCUAAAUACCUCAGGUGUCUUGCGCACGACAAGCCCAGGUCCAGACGCAUCCUUCCCCAUCUGUGCCAAAAUUGGGCGUCUCUCCUUCCAGACGCCGACAUCCUCGACCUAAAGGCAAAAUCUAUCCUCCACCCGCAAGAACCGAACGGCCGGUACUUCUUCCACUGGCACCUCAACCACCUGCACUCCAUAAACCUGGACUACAUCUGCCUCGGGUUCGACCUCCAACUCUACGAACCCUACGAGAUGCCCAUGAUCUGGUGGUACCUAGAUCACCUCAACACUUCAAGGUCUAACCUCUACAACCAGUUCUCAAAACACGUCUCCACCGCACAUCAAAACAAACUCAACUCCCUCCGCAAAAAACCAAAAAAACCAUCCACCCAACCCCCCCCUCAAAAACACUGGUACUCCCUCGAACUCGAGCUCAGGCAACUCCUCACUCGCUCCAUCUUCCGGUACAUAGCCGCCCUCGAUCGCGCCUGCUACCUCCCCCAACCCCGACUCAAACUAGGCUCUCCCGCCUCGCUGUACCGCUCAAGAAUGGGCCCCUUCCCGCAACUCAUACACUCCCCCUCUCUGAACUUCGAACUGUUCCAAUCCAGCUACCUCCUUCCCGUUCACCACUCCUCCGAACUAUCCACCCACUACCUCCUGUCCAACGCCAGCAAACUCUUUAUGGCCGCGCAAAAAACCAUCAAGACUCUCCUCGACUACUCGCCCCUCCCCAACACCUCGAAACCACCCCCCUACCUGCUAGAAGAGCUCAAGGCCAUCGCCAUCGUCACCGUCUCAAACGGCGUUCAAGUCCGCCAACUCCUGUCUAGUCAAGACCCGUUUCCCCAACCUGCUCUGCCCGUUCAUUUCGACUUCCACACACACCAACACUAUCCUAUCAUCACAAUCAAUUCCUCCACCCCCUAA